AACUAUACUCUGCUUCAAUUGAAAGCAAUGAAGCAGCACCAAGGCCAGCCAGAAAUUGCAACUACGAAUGAAUCCAGGGAUAUAGCUGUGCUAGCCCCCGGUGAUCACAUUUAUACUGUUCGGAGAGGGCGCUCGUUCUCUCACCAUGGAAUUUACGUGGGAGACGACAUGGUCAUUCAUGUCCAGCCCCCGAGACUAUCAUACGCAAAAAGCUCAAAGGAAAUCAGUAGUUGCCCUGUGGAAUGCAAGAAGUGUGGCUACAAGCCAGAUUGUGACACCGGAAUCAUUAAGACCUGCCUCGAUUGCUUCUUAUAUGGAGGUUCAUUGUACUUGUAUGAAUAUGGAGUGUCCGAUUUCAGGAACAAACCAAGCGGUUCCUGCUGUCCAUCGACAGCCUCUAGGACAGGAGAUGAAGUUGUUAUGGUAGCACAUAAUAUUCUUGAAACGGGUAGCUUUGGUGGCUACAACUUUGUCGCUAACAACUGCGAGGACUUUGCAGUGUUUUGCAAAACUGGCAUGGGCGUGAGUAUGCAAGCGUUGGAGGGUUUUCAGGCGGCUGCGAGGUUCCUUGGAGUAGGAAGAGAUGAACAUGAGAUUGGUGGUUUAGCACUUUAUGGUGCUGCAAAAGCGAUCCAUGCUGGUAUCAACAUGAUUCGGAAACAACUACUUUGAAUUAAUUAGGGAAAGCCGCAUCGGACCGGUUGCCUCACAUGUGGGAUAUGAUUUGUACAUGCAACCUGAAAAUCAUGGCAACUUUUUUAACAUGUAAGUUUCAAUUUAGGGGAAGGAAAGUUUCAAUUGAUCGAAUAAAGGGUUUCUUAUCGC